AUGGGUCAUGCUGCUUCUUCCCCUGAGCAUGUUCAAGGAAUGACAGAUUCGCAAUUCAAUGCACUUAAAAUGGAAGUCGCAAUGUGGUAUGACAACCACAAAUGUCUUACUAUGUUGAAAGUGUUGUUCAGAGAUCAUGUGGUCAAUGAGAGACUAUCAAAAAUAGAUAAGACAGCGGACUUGCUGAAUGAUUUAGUUAAACAUGGUCAUUUGAAUUCCAAGAAUCUUACAAUUCUGCAUGAUACCAUCAGCAUAACUGAACAUUUUGGUCUUCAACAUAAGAUUAAAGUAUUACUACCGUCCUCUUCGUCAUUCGCGGAUGUUAAGGAAGGAAACAUUUCCAAACAAUUCAGUCAUCACAGACAAAAACUAAUGAAGUUUGGAAUGAACCUGACUCCAGACAAUGUAACAAAAAUUGAUGGAUUGCUGAACACGCCCUAUAAGGAGUAUACCGAUGGCUGGAGUAUGAUCACUGAUCUAGAAGACAGACAGAUAAUCAGAGAAAAGAAUAUGAAAGUAUUCACUGAUUCAUUAAGAAUCCUUGAAAUCCAUCCAGCAUUGAAUGCACUAGAAGAUGGAAUGACAGAUACACAAUUCAAUGCACUUAAAAUGGAUGUCGCAGUGUGGUAUGACAACCACAAAUGUCUUACUAUGUUGAAAGUGUUGUUCAGAGAUCAUGUGGCCAAUGAGAGACUAUCAAAAAUAGAUAAGACAGUGGACUUGCUGAAUGAUUUAGUUAAACAUGGUCAUUUGAAUUCAGAAAAUCUUACUAUUCUGCAUGAUACCAUCAGCAUAACUAAACACAAGAGUAUUAAAGUAUUACUACCGUCAUUCCCGGAUGUUAAGGAAGGAACCAUUUCAAAACAAUUCAGUCAUCACAGACAAAAACUAAUGAAGUUUGGAAUGAACCUGACUCCAGACAAUGUGACACAAAUUGAUGGAUUCCUUAAUACACCUUGUAAUGAGUAUUCCGACCGCUGGAGUAUGAUCACUGAUCUAGAAGACCGACAGAUAAUCAACGAAAAGAAUAUGAAAGAAUUCAGCGAUUCAUUGAAAAGCCUUGAAGUCCAUCCAGCAUUGAAUGCACUACAAUAUGGUAUGAAUCUGGAAAUAAUAUCUAGAAAAAUACAGAAGAACUGGAAGAAAAUUGGAGCACUCUUAGGGUUUGGAGAGGAAGAGCUCAAUGUUAUUAAGUGGACAUUCUUCGACAAGGCCAGCCUUGAGAUGCUAAGGAGGUUGAUGGUCAAGAUGGAUGUUUAUGAAUUUGAAUCCAUCAUUGUUGCACUGGAAUUAUCGAAAGAAAAGGAAAUUCCUGCAGAAAUAUUGGCUAGAGGGCCUGAUGCAUUGAAAGUUUAUCAAGCAGCCUUAGAAGAGGGAGAGAGUGAUUUCAAUCUGGUUAGACUCAUGGUAAUGGGCCAAGAAAAUGUGGGCAAGACCUGUCUGAUCAAUUCCUUAUUAGGGAAGGAGUUUAAUAAAGAACACAACAUUACUGAAGUCAUAGCCAUGACAAGAAGCAUUGUGUUGGAUGAAACUGAUAAUACCAAGUGGACAGAAAAGGAAAUUGAUCACAAAGAUGAAAUCAAAGACCAGCAUGAAAAUGCGCUUGCAUCAAAAGCAGCAGAGGAUCUACAAAAAAUAGAAGUGUUAUCAAGUCCAGAAUACACAGAAGAUGAGUUUAAAGACAAGCAUGAAAAUGCUCUUGCAUCAAAUGCAGCAGAGGGUUUACAAAAAAUAGAAGUCGUGUCAAGUCCGGAAUACGCAGAAGGACCAAGUGAUGAUAAAAACAGAAAACCUCAGAAGGAUGGUAUGUAA